AUGAACUCACCCCGGGAUCCCAACCCUCCUCCUCGACCAAGGACGGACCGUGCCCUCUGCCUCUUUCUCGGAGGCCUGCUGCCAGUGGGGGCACCAGCUCAGAGCACCUUCCACCCCGCCCUGCAGGCCCUUCAAGCUCAGUGGGCCUGGGGGUCGGCUGCCCGGGCCCACAGAGAGACAGAGCACUGCCCUAUAUGUCCACCUUGUUGUAGACACCCAUGUCCCUGUUAUCCCGAACUGGAUCCAGCCCGCCAUGACCUGGGCUGGGCAGGAGGUGAGAACUCAAAAGACUCUGCCCAGCCUCCUCCGGCCACAAGCGCCGCCUCCGAGACCAGCCUCAAGCCGCCAGGAUCUGAUCCCAGCAGCGCAGCUUUGGGCCGGCACAACUUUGGGGGGACGGGGGGCGGGGGCAUUGAAGCCGAGGAAUGCCCAGCCUGGGUGCAGGGGAGCCUAGCUCCUUCCCGCACCGGUCACAUGGAGACCCCUCCCCCGCCCAUCAGGAUGGCAGCAGAUAGGAGUGGCCAGGCUGCCUGA